GUGCGCGGGCCGGGCGGCGAGCUCCAGCUCUCAGCCCCGGGCUCGCCGCGGCCAUGGACGCUCUACGUCAACGCUUCGAGCGGUUUCUGGAAGAGGAGAACCCUGCCGCCGGGGCGCUCCGAGCGCUCGAAGUCAAGACCGGAGUCGAGAAGCGCUAUCUCGCCGUGGGAGUUGUCUCUCUGCUAAGCCUGUAUCUUCUGUUCGGCUACGGGGCACCCCUGCUGUGCAACCUCAUCGGAUUUGUGUACCCCGCAUAUGCUUCAAUCAAAGCCAUCGAAAGCUCAAGCAAGGAGGACGACACUGUGUGGCUCACCUACUGGGUCGUGUACGCCCUGUUCAGUCUGGCCGAGUUCUUCAGCGAUCUGCUCCUGUCCUGGUUCCCUUUCUAUUACGUGGGCAAGUGCGCCUUCCUGUUGUUCUGCAUGACACCCGGGCCCUGGAACGGUGCCCUCCUGCUCUAUCAGCGGCUCGUGCGGCCGCUCUUUCUAAAACAUCACGUGGCAGUGGACACCGCCGUGAGUCGUCUCAGCGGGCGAGUGCUGGACACGGCGGCAGGCCUAGCCCGGGACGCCAAAGCCGGCCUGAGCCCAGCACACCAGGACAAGUGAAAAAGCAUUCCAGCCCAUACUCAGACCCCGGGGCCAGCAAGAAGGGCAGCUCAC